UGCCCAAGCUCGUCUUGAACUGAGCUCAAGCAAUCCUCCUGCCUGGAAAUUACCUCUUUUAUACUUAAGGCAAAGCUGAAGGCAGGGCCUCCUAGCCCAAGAUGGCCAGCAGGAAGGAAGUGGCUCUUGCACCUUUGGAGCGAGGCCCAAGUCCUCGCCCAGCAGCCCAGGGGCGUCUACCCGCAGCUGCCUCUCGGCUUACCUCAAGCGCAUCAGGUUACGCAGGCAUGGAGGCCCCACGUGUCACUGCAUCUAUGGUUGACAGGUUGUGAAAGAGAGAGGUCACAUGUUCCUCAGGACUCUAUGGUUCUCGCGCGAGUAGGAGCAACGCACGUAAGACGCGCGCAAGCGCAGUUCGGGGAGCACGCUUUUACUUCAACGCACUGCCGAGGUUCCUGCGUUGCCAUGGGCCGCCGUCCAGCUCGUUGUUAUCGGUAUUGUAAGAACAAGCCAUACCCCAAAUCUCGUUUCUGCCGGGGGGUUCCUGAUGCCAAGAUCCGCAUCUUUGACCUGGGUCGAAAGAAAGCAAAAGUGGAUGAGUUCCCACUCUGUGGCCACAUGGUGUCUGAUGAAUAUGAGCAGCUGUCUUCUGAAGCCCUGGAGGCCGCCCGUAUUUGUGCCAACAAGUACAUGGUGAAAAGUUGUGGCAGAGAUGGCUUUCACAUCCGAGUGCGGCUCCAUCCCUUCCAUGUCAUCCGUAUCAACAAGAUGUUGUCCUGUGCUGGGGCUGACAGGCUCCAGACAGGUAUGAGAGGUGCCUUUGGAAAACCCCAGGGUACGGUGGCCCGGGUCCACAUUGGUCAAGUCAUCAUGUCCAUCCGCACCAAGCUUCAGAACAAGGAGCACGUGAUUGAAGCCUUGCGCAGGGCCAAGUUCAAGUUCCCUGGACGCCAGAAGAUCCAUAUCUCCAAGAAGUGGGGCUUCACCAAGUUUAAUGCUGACGAAUUUGAAGACAAGGUGGCCAAAAAGCACAUCAUCCCUGAUGGUUGUGGAGUCAAGUAUGUUCCCAAUCGCGGCCCCUUGGACAAGUGGCGGGUUCUACACUCAUGAAGGCUCUGAUAGCACUGUCUCCUUGGGCAAUGCCAGUUUGACUUUGCUUACUAAUAAAUUCUGUUUACUGGGAAA